AUGAUUAAUCAAAUACAAGAGACUUUGUUUUAAUCUCUCUUAGAAUCUGAACCAUCUAUCUAAUAAGUCAAAUCAAUCUAAAUAUAAAGCAACAAAUACAAAACAUAAAGAAAUGUGAGUUAAUUUGAAUCAGAAAGUUUCGAUAGUAUUAAAAGUGUUUUCAAUUCUGAUUAUGAUCAAAAACCUAUCUUUGAUUCUUAAUCUCGUAUAAGCACAUCCAAUACAAUCAAGAAAAAUAAAAGAAUAUAAGGAUUUUACAAUUCUCAAAAUGUCAAUUAUAAAUUAGCAUAACGAAAAAGAAUUCAAUCAUUUCGAUUAGAUUAAGAAGUAUAAAGUUAUGAAGAAGAAGAAAGUCUACCAGAAAAUUUAAUGGAUGUCAAUCUCUACUUUAGAUAAGAUGCUAUUGUUUCAGUCUAAAAAAUUCUUGAAACCUAAAGAAAACUUUCAUGA